CCGAGGAUAGAUAAGUCGGUUGCGUUACAGAGCUCGAAAUUUAUCCGAAAUAAAGUACGCUAUUUGCCAGUGGUAACGUGAAUGUACAAUUGUUCGCAUCUUAGGCAUCUUAGGUAUCGUUAUUGUUUUCAAUUCCAUAAACAGAGUAGAUCAAUUAAGAAAUAGAUCAGUUGGGCGCAGAGAAUAAAUAACUUGCUUGUGAAGUUACAAGUUUUUUCCGUGAGAAUGGACUCCGAAUAAAGCCGAUGGCUAAGAGAUUCUCAUAUACCUUUUGGAUGUAUAAAUAUGCCAGGUUGUGCAGCAGUUGGCUGCAAUAAUCGUAGUGAAAAGGGAUAUAUUAUGAAAUGUUUUCCACGUGAUCCAAAGCUAAGAAAAAUUUGGCAGGAACGCGUGGCUAGAGCUGAUUGGGAACCAUCAAACAAUUCUUUUCUGUGUCAUGUACAUUUUGAACCUCAAGAAUGGUCCAUUACACAAACUGGAAGAAUUAGAUUAAGGAAGAAUGCUGUUCCUUCUAUAUUCACUGUAACAUCCACCAGAAAAUCACCCAAAAAACGAACCCAGAUAAUCAACAUUAAAGACGAGAACUUAUCGCAGAGUGAAUGUAGUGUAGAAUAUAUGGAGGUUGAUACAGAACAUUCAUCCACAGGACAUAUAGAAGAGAAGGACUCAGAUUCUCAGGAUGUUUGCGAAACAUCUGUGCAGUCCGUUAAGAAUACAUUUAAACAUGUUCCUAAGAGUGUGAAAGAGGGAGACGAACAAGAAGAAAGUGUUAGUUCUGAUGCCAAUAAAAAAAUCGUAGUCAUGAUUGCAGAGGAUAAUGUUACAGAUGGUAGUAGUAUUGUAAAACAAGAUAAUCAUAAAAUUAAAUUGAAUGAUAGAAAGAAAGAAGCUGGAUUAUCAUUGACGAUUAACAAUUCAGAAAAUACAUUACCAAGCACCGUUGUAAAAAAAGAGGUAAAGUUAGAAGUUAUGGAUCACCAUACAUUCGAAGAUAGUUAUGAUGAAAUUGAGGAGAAGUUAAAGCAGAUUUGUGAUGGUGGAUUAACCGAAGAUGAUAAUUAUAAGAAUAAUGAGAAGAAUAAGUUGUCCAUUAAGAGUUACAAGGAGGAUGAUGAUGUAGUAAUGAUAGGUGGAAGCAGCGAUCUUAAGAAUGGUGAACAAAAGGUUACUACAUCUGUUAACACAGACCAUGGUUUUCCAUCAAGGAAUGAAGUUGGACACAGUGUUGCUGACAAGGAAGAAAAUGUGGAGAUAAUUUUUGGCACAGAAAGUGGAGAUGAGAAAAUGCCAGAAUCUCAGAUAAUAUCAAAAGUAAAUACAGCCAAUGAUAAUACUUUACAGGAUCAGGAAGUAAUCUCUAUUAAAGAUGAAAAGAAGGUAUUUAAUGAAGAUAUCGAAGAAAAUUUUUCUAAAGAUGAAGUACAUGUCAUACCAAAUAUAAGGGCUGCCAUGAAACGUAAGAGAAGAACCAGAGAGGAAAUAAUGAAAUCAAUAAAGAAAUCGAUUAGGAGUAUUUCCGAUGCAGAUAUUAAUUCUUCGAGUAACAGUGAAUUGUCAGACACAGACACGAGGAACGAUUCACCACUGUUCUCACAAGAAAUGAAGAGUAUGGAUAAAAGAAACAUGGAAAUAGAAACAACUAAAUUCGUUAUAAAGGUAACUGGUGAUCCUGACGAUGUAAGCGAAAUUAUUGAAGAAUUAUCAUCUAAUACAAUAGAAACCCAAAAACUCGGUACUUUUUACAAAAAUGAAGAAAACAAUGAAUUUGUUACAUCUGUGAUAACAGUAUUGUCACCUAAAAAUCCUACAGAAGUAAUAUACAGUAAUUUCAGUAGUCCAUUAAGCAAAGACGAGUAUGUAACUGUGAGCAAAAAUGAGUUAACAAUACAUCAUUCUCCUUGUGAGGAAAACCAGUUUACAAGAUUAGACUGUAUGUAUAGUUCUAAUAAAAGUCACUCCUCGUGUUUAAAACAUGCCUGUUUUGGAGAGGAGAAUAAACAUCACACACAAAUCAAGCCUACAGUACAGAGUUCUACACAGAAUACUCAAACCACUCAAGAAAAGAGUGAUAGAUGUAUUUCCUCUGACCAUGAAGAACUGUUAGAAAAAAUACAAAUUCAAGAGGAUGUCAUUGAAAAAUUAAUCGAUCAAUUGAUUAUCUAUAAAGAAUUAGAAAACAAUAGGAGAAAUAUGAGCAUUGGUCAAGACAGUCCAGCUAAAGAAUUUGACCCAACAAGAAUUUAUACAAGAUCAAGUAACAACCAAUCUCCAGCUCUUACUAAGAAAGUUAUAGAGUCUAAACAAAGACUGAUAGAAGAUUUAUCUAAUAGAGUGAAUUAUUUCGAAGAGAUGAAUAAGAAACUAAUGAAAACGGUUACAUUGGAAUCUCAACAGAAAAGGAAACUCGAGGGACAGAUUAGACAGAAGGAUAAUCGAAUAAAAGAGCUUAACUGGAAACUGGAGAAGGCAUCGAAAUAUCUUGAAAGAGCAGAAAAGAAUACAAAUACAUACAGAAGGAAGAUGUUAAAUAUGCAGACCAUCAUGAGAAGAAGAAAACUUUUAGAUGAAAAGAUGAGCAAAUUUAAUGAAAUGUUAAUUGAUAGCUCUAAACAAGAAUUUUCAGAAAAGGCUUUAGUCAUGGCAGCGGAUAUUAGAAAAACUUGUGGAAGAAAUGGCUAUGAUAAAUUACUCUCUUAUGGGUUUCCAUUACCACCAUUACCAUCUUUACGGAAAGGAAUUCUUAAUGAAGAUACUCCAGAUCCGAGUAAAAGUGAUGUAGAGAAAAUAAAAAACAAUACAAAGUUAUGCGUUAAAGUAGAGAAAGCUCAAGAUAUAAAGGAUGAAUCUACAGCAGACAAGAAUAAUUCAGAGGUUCCGGAUCCAACUGCUAAAACAGGUGAAUUUGAUGGAGUAGAAACGGUAACAGGAACUGUACAAGAUAUAUUCGAAGAAAAUAAUGACGGUGAUGACUUUAGUACAAAUGAAUUAAGAGAACAUUUCAUUCUACAGUUAAAUGCAGUCAUGUAGCUGUGGUACUACUGUUCGAGAAUAGCCGCGUUUUUUACCAUUUUAGAAUUAGGAAAUGUAAUAGUAAAAUCAUGAAUAUUUAGAUAGGUUUUCUUCUGUCAUUGUACAAUAUCCAUUGU